AAACCAACUUCCGCCAAAACGUCACACAACACAAACGUCAAACACACCGACCAUCUCUUUCUUUUUCCGGCAAACUCUAGCUGCUGGCGACACAUUUUUGUGGUAACAGCGCCAAGUUUUUGGAUUUUCGUACACAAUGGUCAGCCUUAAGGUACGCAGGAAGACCAGGAAGCUGCGUGGUCACGUCAGCCACGGUCAUGGUCGUAUCGGCAAGCACCGUAAGCAUCCUGGUGGUCGCGGUAACGCUGGUGGUAUGCACCAUCAUCGUAUCAACUUCGACAAAUACCAUCCAGGAUACUUCGGCAAGGUCGGUAUGCGAAACUUCCAUCUGAACCGCAACCACAAGUUCUGCCCGACCAUUAAUCUGUCGCAUCUGUGGAGCUUGGUGCCAGAAAGGCUGCGCGAGGAAGCGAAGAAGAACCCCGAGAAGGUCCCGGUCGUCGAUCUGGUUCAGUUCGGUUACUUCAAGCUGCUCGGUUCCGGUAUGCCGCCCAAAAUGCCUAUCAUUGUGAAGGCGAAAUACUUCUCCAAACUUGCCGAGAAGCGCAUCAAGGCGGUCGGCGGUGCGUGCCUGCUGCGGGCUUAGAGUAUUGGCUUAAGG